CCAUAAUUUGCAAAACUGCAAAUUCAAAUUCUUAGGUUUGGGUUUUGUAGAUUUUAAUUGAAAUGGCAGAUUCAGUGAAGCAAAAUAGUGUCAUUAGGUCAAUGAAUCCAUGGGUUCUUCAUCUUCAAAAACUUGGCCUUGAACUCAAAUGCCCACUCUGUUUAAACUUUCUGAAGAAACCAUUUUUGCUUCCUUGUGAUCACAUUUUUUGCAGUUCUUGCCUGCCCGAAACGAACCUGAUUGCCUCAGAAUGCCCUGUUUGUAAAGCUGAAUAUUUUGGACGAGAUUUGAGACCGUUACAUGUCAUUGAAAACAUGGUGUCUAUUUAUAGAAGUUUGGAUUUCUGUGCUAAUGUCUCCCAGUCGAGCUGCUCGGAUAUUGGGAAGGUUUUGGAGCAAUGCCCGACUUCAGCAAGUACAGAUUGCAAUAAUAAAUUGAGUAAGGAGGAUAAUUCAAGUAGUGGGAGGUCCAUGUUUUCGCAAAGAAGCAAUCAGUUACCUGCGGCUCCUGUGAAUUGUUCUCUCGAAGAUGGGGCUCGGAAUAUUGAUGCGAUAGAUAAAUGUGAUGUGCCGAUAAUCACGGAUCGAGCAGAUCAAUUGUCAGCUGGUAGCCCUCCUUCAUUUGGAGAUGUUAAAAGUCCAGGAGAUGAUAGCUGUGAUCAGGGUGAUAAUAGCCCGGAAAAUUAUCAAGCAGCACGUUUAGGCAAACGAAAUCCUGAUGACAGGACACGGCAGGAAAGCCAUGGUUUUGCUUCUGUAACCGAGGAAGGGAUUUUGAGAGACCCGAAACGACAAAAGAAAUUGGACUAUGGAUCAUUAAAUCAAUGCACAAAUAUGAUCAGUCCAUUAAACUCUCAAAGUCAAGUAGAACUUAAGUCUGUGCAACCUCAUACUGAUGGGCAGCCUCAGGCAUUAUUGGAAGACUCUUCAACAGGGAAUAUGAUUUGUGGAUUUUGCCAGUCCUCUAAAAUCUCAAAGAGCACAGGUCCAAUGCUGCAUUAUGUGAAUGGAAAGUUGGUAGAGGGAGAGGAAUCAUCUCUAUCUAGUGCCCUACAUGUUCACAGUACAUGCAUUGAUUGGGCUCCACAAGUCUAUUAUGUUAAUGAAACUGUUAAGAAUCUGAAGGCAGAACUGGCUAGAGGUUCAAAAUUAAAGUGUAGCAAAUGUGAUAUGAAGGGAGCAGCCCUUGGUUGCUAUCAUAAAUCUUGCCGUAGAAGCUACCAUGUUACCUGUGCGAUGGAAGUUUCUGGUUGCCGAUGGGAUUAUGAAAACUUCCUUAUGCUUUGUCCAUCUCAUACAUCAGUCAGAUUUCCAGAUGAGAAGAAAUCCAAGUCUAAGAAACCUAGCUUAGAACAUCAUCUCAUGCCAGCUCAAGUAGCCCUACAACAGCCUAAUUUUGGGGCAGAUUCAUCUACUCAAGCUGAGGAAUGGGUGUUUUGUGGAUCUGCUUUGUCUUCUGAGGAGAAGGUUCUUUUGGUUGAGUUUGGGAGCAUGAUUGAUGUGCCUGUGACCAAAUUCUGGAAACCAAAUGUUACACAUGUCAUUGCAGCUACGGAUAUGAAGGGGGCAUGCACCAGGACACUAAAAGUUCUGAUGGCUAUUUUAAACGGAAAAUGGGUUCUUACUAUUGACUGGGUGAAGGCAUGCAUGAAGUCUAUGCGUCCUGUGGAUGAGGAACCUUACGAAGUCAGUCUCGACAGCCAUGGAUGCUGCAAUGGCCCUAAAACUGGCAGGCUGAGUGUGCUGGAUAAUGCACCAAAACUCUUCAGUGGCAUGAAUUUCAUUUUCGUUGGUGACUUUGUGUCUGGUUACAAGCAAGAUCUCCAGAAUUUGGUAGUUGCUGCCGGCGGAAAUAUUCUGAAGAACAAGGAAAAAGUAUUGGAGCAAAGUCAUGAGCAGGCCACUUUUUCAAGAACAUUAGUUGUCUAUAACCUUGAUCCUCCACUGGGGUGCAAGUUGGGAGAAGAAGUUACAAUUCUCUGGCAGAGACUAAGCGAAGCCGAAAAUUUAGCUGCUAAAAUUGGAUCCCAAGUCAUUGGUCAUACAUGGCUUUUGGAGUCUAUUGCUUCAUACAAAUUGCAACCUUUUGUCAGCUUAAAUAGUAUUCGUGAUGACAGUAACUUAUUAGUAUAGCAUAGAAAAUGAUCUAGAUUUUAAUUCAUCAUAUGUAACAUUUUUGUUGAUCUAGCAACUAUAUAAUCCUGUUCAGGAUGCUGUAAUUCUGAUUGAUUUUGGAAAUGAAGUCUAAUACAUGUGCUAUUCUGUC